GGUCGGACAAAACGGAUUAAAGAAUUAAAACAAGAACUGUCAAGAAGAAGAAAGUUGCGGGUAGAGAGGUUUCGUUCCAAGUCGCUCAUCUCAUUUUGUCAGUACUGUUUCUCUCUCGAGGUUUCGAUAAUUCCGAUUCGGAACCCAAGCUCUCACUUUGACUUCUUCCCAGCUCAACUCUCUCCGCUUCCACUCGCACUCCGAAAUCCCCAUCUCACAGUCUCCAUUUCCAGGCGAGUCCCUCUAUCUAUCUCGCACUUUCCACCUUAAGAAGAAGAAGAAUAGUUGCCGAUUCGGUUACAUAAAUAACAUUUCCGCGCCACUUCAUGGUGCAUGGUUAUGAUUUGGUGAAGAACGUUUGCAGAUUUGUUCUUUUUUGGAACACUUGUUUGAUGAAUUCCCGAGAGAUUAAUCAUAGAUUAACCAUUGCAAAAACCAGCUGCUGAUUAUAGGUAAUGUCUUUCGAAGCUACUCGAUUUUGUCUAUUCCAUAAGAUUUAGAGGUCGAAACCUCUGAUUUCUUAGGGUUUUGGGGUUUUGUAUUCAAAUGGCGGAGUCUUUGAAUGACAAUACAAUCCAUUGUUUGAUAUGUGCUACCAAAUCAUUGAAACUAAGCUUAGAAAAGUCGAAGGCGAUAGGGUUAGCUUUAGACAGAGCUGGGCCUAGAUUAGAAGAGAUUAACCAAAGAUUACCUGCAUUGAGAGCUGCCGUCCGGCCCAUUCGAGCCGGAAAGGACGUCCUUGUUGCUGUCGGUGGCCACGUUAAUCGUGCGGUAAGCCCUGCCGCGGCGGUGCUCAAGGUUUUUGAUGCUGUUCAUGGUCUCGAAAAGUCCUUGUUAUCUGACCCCAAGAAUGAUCUCCCGGGCUACUUGUCGGUGUUGAAACGCCUACAGGAGGCAUUGAAGUUUCUUGGGGACAAUAGUGGACUGGCAAUUCAGUGGCUGGUGGAUAUAGUAGAGUAUUUGGAGGAUAAUGGACUCGCCGAUGAUCUAUACCUUUCCAAUUUGAAAAACUCCUUGAAGAAUCUUAGAGAAUUGCAGGAUGAUGGGGGGAGGACACUCCUUGACGGCGGGCUGUUAGAUGCCGCAUUGAAUAAGUUGGAAAACGAGUUCCAGAGGCUCUUGACUGAACACAGUGUGCCACUUCCAAUGUCUUCAUCGUCUCUUGGUGAGCAAGCGUGCAUUGCACCAUCACCUUUACCUGUAUCUGUUAUUCAGAAGUUGCAAGCAAUUCUUGGGAGAUUAAUUGCAAAUAAUAGACUCGAGAAGUGCAUAUCAAUCUAUGUUGAAGUUCGUAGUUUGAAUGUUAGAGAGAGCUUACGAGCUCUUGAUUUGGAUUACCUUGAAGUUUCAGUAUCCGAGUUCAAUGAUGUGCAAAGCAUGGAUGGGUAUGUCGCAAGGUGGGGCAUGCAUUUGGAGUUUGCAGUGAAGCAUUUGUUUGAGGCGGAGUAUAAGCUUUGUAUUGAUGUUUUUGAGAGGAUGAGAUUGGAUGUGUGGUUGGAUUGCUUUGCAAAGAUAGUUGCUCAGGCUGGUAUUCUCGCCUUUCUUCAAUUUGGGAAGACUGUUACAGAAAGUAGGAAAGACCCCAAUAAGCUUUUGAGAUUAUUGGAUAUAUUUUCAUCUUUGAACAAAUUGAGGCUGGAUUUUAACCGGUUGUUUGGAGGAGCAGCAUGUGUUGAAAUCCAAAACUUCACAAGGGAUCUCAUUAGGAGUGUAAUUGAUGGGGCAGCAGAGAUGUUCUCCGAGCUUCUGUGUCAGGUUGAGCUACAGAAACAUACCCCGCCUCCUCCAGAUGGGAGUGUUCCAAGAUUGGUAAUCAUCAUUAUCGAUUACUGUAAUAAACUGCUUGGGGAUGACUACAAGUCAAUCCUAAUCCAAGUUCUAGUCAUUCAUCGGAGUUGGAAGCGUGAGAAAUUUCAAGAGAAGCUCCUUGUUAGUGAGGUUUUGAACAUAAUCAAAGCCAUUGAGCUGAACUUGGAGACAUGGAUGAAUGUUUACGAGGAUAUCAACCUAUCCAACUUUUUUGCUAUGAACAAUCAUUGGCAUUUGUACAAGCACCUGAAGGGAACCCGGGUUGGGGAUCUCUUAGGCGAUUCUUGGUUAAAAGAACAUGAACAGUACAAGGACUAUUAUGCCGCAGUCUUCUUGAGAGACAGCUGGGGAAAGCUUCCCAAUCACUUAAGCAGGGAAGGUCUGCUUUUGUUCUCAGGCGGGCAUGCCACCGCCCGUGAUCUUGUCAAGAAAAGAUUGAAAGCCUUCAAUGAAGCUUUUGAUGACAUGUACAAAAAGCAAUCUAAUUUGGUUGUGUUGGAGAAAGAUCUGAGGGAGAGGACAUGCCAAGUCAUUGUGCAGGCGGUUGUUCCAGUUUACCGUAGCUACAUGCAGAAUUAUGGACCCUUGGUGGAGCAAGAUGCAAGUUCCAGCAAGUAUGCAAAGUACACAGUACAGAAUUUGGAGAAAAUGCUAAUGUCUCUUUUUCAGCCAAAGCCCAGGAGAUAUGGCAGUUUCAAAGGCAGACAGCCAAGCGAGAAAUUCAACAAUGGAGUAAGAGAUGAUCUUCAUCGUACUGCCUCAUCGGUUAUGUGAUAGCCUGGUUCACUUCAAUCCGUCGUGGUUAAUUUAGUACAUUGCAUUACCUAGAGCGAUAGAACUAAUGCACAGAAACUGCCCAUUCAUUUCCUUAAUGUUCUCCCUUUGGUGGAAAUUUUGUAAUUUGUCUGACCAUGAUGAGGAAUCGAGGGCUGUCUCCCAUGCCCAAAGGGUUCUGAAAACCCAUGAGAUCUCAUAGAGUCCGAGUAAGUUAUACAGUCCUGAUGGUAAGAGUUGGAUUUAACUGAUGUUUCUCCUUGUUGACGUCUGUUAUUUCCUUCCCCAAAUCCACCUCCACACCAACCCCCCACACCUCCACAAAUGCACCUAUCUUGUCGUUCCAUCUGGCGGUGGUUGUGCAAUUUGGCGCUCUCGAUGAUUCUCGUGUAACGUUCGUUGAUGACGAUGGUGCUGAUGCUUUCCAUGUUGGAAAUUCUGGAUCGUUCCUGAUGCCGUGGCACGAGGCAAUACCUACAUUUUUUGACUCGGGAGGAGCGACCCUUUCGACAAAACUAACGUUUGACUUGUCAUCCAGGGAAAGCCGACACAUAGGCCUCACAUUGGGAGGCAUAUGGUUAUUAAGUUGGUUGGUUGGAUAAACUUACUGCCAUCUUGGGGGUUCGGUUCCUUAUCCGACUCCCCCAUCUGUUCUCAUUCAUGAAUGUGGUCGUGCUAUUCCACACAGAAAAAGCAAAUUAUUAGGGGAUUUGAGAACCAUACUCUAUUUUUAUUUCGGCCACAUAUUGUCAAGAAUUGCUUCUGCUCCUGAAGACUUUUCUUUUGUAUACAAGCUUGACCUUUCUUCGCCAAUGGCAAGUCGUUGCAAGUGGGCUUACCUUUCAAUUGGGUGUAAGAUAGACCCAACAAAAAAAAAAAAAAAAAAAAAGCUUGGUCUCUGGUGUUUGGGCGGCUAUGAUGUAACAAAGUUGAAAGUACUCUGUCUCUUGGGAAACUUGAAUAGAAGGUGAACCCAUCCAAUGGACAUUUAUCCGGCGAGAAAAUAUAGUCGAGGUAUACAGAUUUUGGUUUUUUUGACUUUUUGCUUAUCAAGUAGGUUCUGUAUAAUAUUAUUUUCGUGACGAUAACAAUGUCUUUUAGAGAAGCAUUUCGGAUGUCCAAGAAACAGGCAACUCGACCCAAAUGCAUCUGGGCAACCGCCAAACUUGCCAUAUCCAGCUUUGGGUGCGUAUUGUGCGUUGGUCUUAUGAUUUCAAACGAUUUUACCGGUACCGGAGAGGUAAUUUUUUUCAGUGCUAGGCGAUAAUGAUAUAAUAUCUUAUAUUAUUAAUCCUAGAGAAUCUUAAAUAUAAAAUAUACCUUAUAAAAUCGAAUUGCAAAAAGACAAGUUAAAUGGGAAUGGGAAUUAGAAAGGCAUCCAAUAAUAUUGCAACGUAUUGGGGAAGGGAGGGAUGAUCUUUCCAUCCAUGGGAACGAGGGGAUGCAACCUAGCUAACCCGUUGCUGAAGAUCUGGGAAGAUGUAUUCGGCUUUAACUUUUCGCUUUCACUGCGACUCUGUUUUCCUGUAACAUGAAGGGCCCCCCGCCUCAAUUCUUUGAAUAUUUGUACACAUACCAAGCUAUCAGCAUGUUAAAUGUGUUUUAAUUCC